AUGGUAUCGAAAGCAAGCAUGAAGUCAAUAUCACAGGCGGACUCAAUGAAUUUAAUGUCAAAUUCUAUGGACCCUCUGGAAGUGAGUAGCUUUUUGGUCUUCUCAUUUUGUUUUUCGUUUCGUAUGUAUGGAACUGUUCCAGCUGCUUAUGAAGGCGGCGUUUGGCGAGUACGCGUUGAACUGCCAGAGAAGUAUCCAUUCAAAUCACCUUCGAUAGGAUUUAUGAAUAAAAUCUUCCAUCCGAACAUCGAUGAAGCGAGCGGUUCCGUCUGCCUCGAUGUUAUUAAUCAGACGUCGUGCUGGGGUGUACCUUUCACCGUUUUUUUUUUAAUCGAAGUCAAUGACUCGCAGAUGGUUUAUGGACAUUCGCACAUUUGA